GAUAUAGGAUAGGUGACGACUUAUUCAACAUCAGCCCCAGGUGGCGCAGUGGGUUAAAGCCUUGUGACUUAAAGGUUGGGCUGCUGAUCUGCAAGCUGCCAGGUUCGAACCCCACCUGGGGAAGAGUACAGAUGAGCUCCCUCUCUCAGCUCCAGCUCCAUGAGAGAAGCCUCCCACAAGGAUAGUAAAACAUCAAAAACAUCCGGGCGUCCCCUGGGCAACGUCCUUGCAGACGGCCAAUUCUCUCACUCCAGAAGCGACUUGUAAUUUCUCAAGUCACUCCUGACACGAAAAAAAAAUGUUAAAAUUAUCUUGGAAUCUUUGGGACAACAUGUUUGACAUGCGCCAACUGUGUUUUGCAGCAGCUAAAAAUGCCAAUGUGAUGCCAAAAGUGCCUAGAUCGAGGGUAGUCAUGGUGCCUUUGUAUUCUGCUUUGGUCAGACCCUGUCAUGGUUCGCAAAGGCACUGUGCUGUGUGUGUUAACUGGAGAGUGAAGCGCAUGAAGUCGAUUGGAGACUAGGACUCAGAGCCAUGGGUUCAAAUCUCUGGAAAGGAGAUUCCGCCUGAACAUGAGGAAGAACUCCCUUACCGUACAAGCCGUUCAACGGUGGCACUCUCUGCCUCGGAAUGGGAUGGAAGCGCUUUCCUUGGAGGCCUUUAGCCAGGCCUUCCUCUGAAGGGUUAAAGCCACCGAGAGAGGAAGGAAAGAAGGGCCUCCCAGAGGCGAAGCCCCGCCCCUUUCCGGCCGGUGCCGAGCGUCCCUUCCUAGAGCGGCACCGGAAGAGGCUCGGGCUGAGGGGGGGAGAGAGGAGCGGUCCUUCAGAGUAUUUACAGGAUAUCAUUCACCUUGUUUUGUUUGCAGGCCCCACCAGUUCUCCCAGUGCUCCCACUUUGAAUAUCAUCUGAGAGAAGAGGUGGACACAUCUUCAUCCAGUUUGGAGGCAGCCUAGAAGCACAGAACCAAGAUGGAAGGGCAAGAGCCAGCUGCCGCCCAGUUAGAGGUAUUUUCUUCUGUUGUUGAGACAGAGAACUAUAGAGCAUUCUGGGAGGACCCUUGGAGGAAAGACCGGGAGAGAAGUCUGCUCCAUUCAGGCUUUCAGGACUUCCACUAUGAGGAGGCCUUGGGGCCCCGGGAGGUUUGCAGCCGCCUCCACUCUCUCUGCCGCCUGUGGCUGAAGCCUGAGGAACAUACAAAGGCAGAGAUGCUGGACCUGGUGCUCCUGGAGCAGUUCCUGGCCGUCCUUCCUGCGGAGAUGGAGCUCUGGGUGAGGGAAUGUGGGGCAGAGACCAGUUCCCAGGCCGUGGCCCUGGCAGAAGGCUUCCUCCUGAGUCGGGAAGAAGAGAGGAAGCAGGAGAAGCCCCAGGUGCAGGACUCAUUUGCAGAUGAGACCAGUCAGGUGGAGGAGUCUCCUUCAGACACCAUGUGCAUUGCCCAGACUGGAAAUAGAGCAUAUUUGACAGUUGGCAAUGAAACAUGGGGAAUUGAUAGUAGCACAACUUUCCAUGAUUCUCUUCUAAGAAGAGAUUCUACGGGACCAGAUCAGGUGAUAUUUGAAGAUGUGUCUGUGGAUUUCUCAGAGGAAGAGUGGGCCCUCUUGGAUCCAAGCCAAAAAGCCUUCCACCAGCAAAUCAUGGAGGAGAAUUUAGGGAUUGUGUCAUCUCUAGCCAUGUCAAUAGAGGAGACACCGUUUAAAUAUUUGGAAGAUGGAAUUGAUUUCAAUAGGAAGGACGCGCUCACCUUUUCUCAAGGAACUCACACAAGGGAUAAACCAUUUAAAUGCUUGGAGUGUGGAAAGAACUUCCAUCAGAAGGCACACCUUGUUAUCCAUCAGAGAAACCACACAGGAGAAAAGCCAUUUAAAUGCUUGGAAUGUGAAAAAGGUUUCUCUCAGAAGAUAAGCCUUGUUCAUCACAGGGCAUUUCACAAAAGAGAGAAGCUAUUUAAAUGCUUGCAGUGUGGAAAGAGCUUUAGUCAAAAGGGAAGCCUUAUUUGUCAUCAAGCAACUCACACAGGAAUAAAGCCAUUCAAAUGCUUGCGGUGUGAAAAGAGCUUCAGUCUAAAGGGAAACCUUAUUCGUCAUCAGGCAACUCACACAGGAGUAAAACCAUUUAAAUGUUUGCAGUGUGAAAUGAGCUUCAGUCAAAAGCACGACCUUAUUCGUCAUCAGGCAACUCACACAGAAGAGAAGCCAUUUAAAUGCUUGCAGUGUGAAAAGAGCUUUGGUCAAAAGGGAAGCCUUAUUAGUCAUCAGGCAAUUCACACAGGAGAGAAGCCUUUCAAGUGCUUUCUUUGUGAAAUGAGCUUCAGUUACAAGCACAUGCUUAUUCGUCAUCAGGCAACUCACACAGGAGUAAAGCCAUUCAAAUGCUUGCAGUGUGAAAAGAGUUUUAUUUACAAGCACGCCCUUAUUCGUCAUCAGGUAACUCACACAGGAGUAAAGCCAUUUCAGUGCUUGCAGUGUGAAAAGAGCUUCAGUCACAAGCACGUUCUUAUUCGUCAUCAGACAACUCACACAGGAGUAAAGCCAUUUCAGUGCUUGCAGUGUGAAAAGAGCUUCAGUGAGAAGAGAAGCCUUAUUAGUCAUCAGGUGACUCACACAGGAGUAAAGCCAUUUCAAUGCUUGCAAUGUGAAAAGAGCUUCUGUCAGAAGAGAAACCUUAUUUGUCAUCAGAAAACUCACACAGGAGACAAGCCAUUUCAAUGCUUGCAGUGUGAACAGAGUUUCAGUGUAAAGGGAAGCCUCAUUAGUCAUCAGGUAACUCACACAGGAGAAAAGCCAUUUAAAUGCUUGCAGUGUGAAAAGAGUUUCAUUGUAAAGGGAAGCCUCAUAAGUCAUCAAUCAACUCACACAGGAGAGCUGCCAUUUCAAUGCCUGCAGUGUGAAAAGAGUUUCAGUGUAAAGGGAAGCCUUAUUCGUCAUCAGGCAACUCACACAGGAGAGAAGCCAUUUAAAUGCUUGCAGUGUGAAAAGAGCUUCAGUCAAAAGAGCAAUCUUAUUUGUCAUCAGAAAACUCACACAGGAGAGAAGCCAUUUAAAUGCUUGCAGUGUGAAAAGAGCUUUAGUCUAAAGGGAAACCUAAUUAUUCAUCAGGCAAUUCACAUAAGAAUAAAGCCAUUCGAAUGCUCAGUAUGUGAAAAGAGCUUUAGUCAAAAGGGAAGCCUUAUUCGUCAUCAGCAGACUCACACAGAAAUAAAGCCCAUUUGAAUGCUCAGUGUGUUUAAAGAGCUUCGGUCACAAGUACGUCUUUACUCGUCAUUAAGGAAACCACACAAGAGACAAACCAUUUAAAUGUUUGGAAUGUGGAAGAGGUUAUCUCAGAAGUUAGACCUUGUUCAUCACAAGGCAAUUCGCACAGGAGAAAAGCCUUUUAUUUGUGUUGAUUGCGGAAAGAGCUUCCGUCAGAAAGGAGCCCUUUUUCCUCAUCAGGCAACUCGGAGUAGAAAUAAAAACAUAGUUUGGAAAGAGCAGCAGUUGAAAUACAAGCCGCCUUUUUUAAUUGUCAACCCAGAAGGAAAAAUGGAUUAAAAGAUGAGCACCAACCCCCAGAGUCAGAAAUGACUGGACUUAACGUCAGGGGAAACCUUUACCUUUACUGCUUUGUUUUAGGACAGAGGGUGCAUGAAUCUUUGUCAUAAAAACACUGAAUUAAAAAGCUGUGGCUUUGGGGGGAAAUAAUAACCUGAUCAAUUUUCUUUCGUAAAAUAUCUCAUUAAGCAUAAGUGAUAACAUUUUUUAUCCAUUCAUGCAUUCUGGUUACUGCAAAUAUUUCCUGUCAUGCGAUAUUCAGGGUUAAAAAUAUAUUUAAUUCAGACAUUUGAUGAGAAGUGUGGGAAUGGGUUUGAUUAAUGACUAACAGCCCUGUGUACCAUGUAAUUCUAUGUAUGUGGGACUGGGUUUUCUUUUAUGAAAUAUCGAAUAAAGCAUAACUGAUAAA